GCCUUCAACGGGAUCUCUACUUUGCACCGAAGUGCGCGCCUGCAGAAGGAGCAGAGACUCCCACCGUCAACCCGCUUCUACUCGUCAAAUUCUCGCCGUGGUUUGUCGAACACAAGUCCCAUCCCAGCGAGGAGGAGCUAAAUUUCAUCGAGCGUGGGCGGAAGGUCAAUCAUCUCGCAAGCUUCCCAACCUUGAACCGUUGUCAGGAUGGAUUUGCCCGCCCAGAAGCGUCGUGGAGGAAGAUGCUCCUUUCACAACCGCCCAUGGCGACAGCCGGCGUGAUUUAAUGGAACAUCUUCGACACUGUGGAGGGACAGAUCACUCGUGGCUCGAACGUUCAGCGGAGCAAUCAAAUUGUCUAUUUCUGCGAGCUCUACAACAUCGCCGAGCAUCUCAUGACGACGCAGAUCACCAACGCCUCGUUUUCUUUUCAACCGUUUAUAUCGACACAGAAUGAUUUAGCAGGUCUCAUGAUCUUCAUCUAUCCGAUGUUGGGUCCGGAAUUGAUGAAGGCGUACCGGUUGAAGAAGCGAGAUUUCUUCACAAGGAAGACCGAUGGAUAUAUCCAACUUGAACAUGGCAAUCAGUUGAUUGUGGAGAAGAGGAAGGUGGACAGGGUACGGAACAGUUAGUUAUUAGAAUAAUUAUCCAAGAUAUGGUGACUCUAGUGACUGGCCUGCCGCCUUACGAAUCGGCCUGGGCGUCAAGCAAUCCCCCC